UCGUCGUUGUUGCUUACACAUAACUUAGCAACCAUUUAGCUUGACUGUUGACUAGCCCACAAUAGCAACAACAACAAUAAGUAGAAGAGAAACAACAACAAGCUGAACUUUAUUGAUUGACAAACUGCAGCUAAGCCGAGGGCAAUCAGUCUUUGGUCUGCGGUCUAGUCAUGGCGCAGCGGAGCUCCAAACAUGCCUCGAUAACAGCGCUGCGCAAAUCGCGGGUGUCGCGCAUGGCGCGUCGCGCUGUCUUCACCGCGAAGCGACCGAAUGUGUUUAAGGUGCGCAAGUCGCUGGUGGACUAUGUGGAUGAGGAGCUGCAGGAGAUGGAGACAUCGGUGUUUUAUCAGCGCGUAUUUAUAUUCGCCAAGAAUGUGGAUUUGGAGGCGGUGGAGGCGGAGAAAGCCGCCGCUUUGGCUGUUACGGAAAAAGAGACGACUGAAACAGAGAAAAGCAAUGCGAGCGCCACUGCUUCGUUGGUGGAAGCUGAGGGCUCUGGCGGGGAAGAGGAGGAACACUACUCAAGGCCAACCACGCCAGACACGCCACAUGGACCAGUGGUUAGAAUUUUCGCCCCUGGCGAAGGAGAGGAGAAGGAAACGGUUACGCACACGUUUGACUUUGCCAAGAUUGAUGAUGAUGAUGCAGCCCGCUCAGACGGAGCGGAGAAUGUCGCAAUGGAGCUCGAGCCCGAACCAGAGCCUGUGAAGAAACGCGACUUCUACGAUAUAUUUUUGGAAAAGCUGCAAGAUGUGCAGAGGAAAUGCCAACGCAUGUGUCUCACUCCAGAUCCCAUGUGUGGUUUGUUUCUCUACAUGGGUGAGUACACCCUGUUGAUGCUGGAGAGCGGCGAGGAUAUGAUGUGUCUGUUCUGUGAGGAGCUGCUGGAGAUGAGCCAGGAUUACUGGCAGAGCAAUCGCAUCUUUAUGAUUGAGGAUUAUAUCAAAGAACUGUACACCAAGGAUUUGAUUUCGCGCCGCUUGAAUGCUGUGUUUAUUAAUGAAAAGUUUCCCACCUCGACGCCCUCGGAUGAGUACCUCAUGGGCAAACAGCAUUUGAUUAUAAAGGACAAGCUGCGCACCAUCUGCAGUCUGAUCAGCAAUACGUUGGACCCACAACACUCAGAACCCUCCCAACUGGAGCUGAGCUUUCCCUCGGAGUCCCUCAUAGGCGAGGAGGGUUUCGAAGAGGCUAUGGUUGAGAGCAGCGGCGAUGACGAGUCCACGGAGGCGCCGGUGGCAACUAAGCGCACCCUCUCCACAAUGUCCGCCUCGCUGCCCGCCGAAGUCUUUCGCAAGCUUCUGCCGGAGAUUCAGCGCAUUGAGCUGGUGCUGGCCUCGACGCGCUUCUAUUACACGCUCAAGGAGUUUGUGGAUCUCUAUGGAAAAAUGCCCUUUGCUGCGGAUGACGAUGGUCUCUAUUGGCCCGUGCCGAACAAUUAUACGCCUGCGAAUAUAUUCCGGCGUACGCCAUAUGAUAUAAAUCUAACAUUUGCGGACUAUGCGGCGGAGAUGAAUCGUCGCCUGCAGGAGGAGCAGGAUAAGCACAAGGCUGAGCUGGAGGCUGCGGAGGAGGCUGAGGCGCACGCCGCCGCGGAGCAGGCGCAAGCUUCAGCGCCGCGUGAGCGAGCGGCCAAGCCGGAUUCCGAGCAUGAAUAAUAAUUUCCAAAUUUUAGAACAGUUCGCGUUCGCGUUUUCGUGCAGUGUACGCGCUCGCUUAGCCAAAAUGUUUUCGCUUCCAUGCACAUGACUGCAUUCAAUAUGUGGGCGUGGCACACUCACUCAGCUUGUUUUGGCUUGCCACUUGAAUGGCUUGACUUUGUUAACAUAACCAUAAAUUUGUGCACACACACACACGAACACAGUGACACACACACACAUACACACACGAGUAAGCUGUGGGUAUGAGGUCUUAACUUGGGCCUAGGCUUUACGGCUUGGCUUUUAACGUAAACCGCAGCAGACGCCAACUGUCAGUUGUAAUACCGUUAGCUUGCAGCUGUCAAAAGACGUCGCUUGUCAUUUAAACUUGCCUGACAGUUAACACAUGCACACACACACACACACACACACAUGCGCGCACACACAUUAGCAUAAACUUGUAUUAAGCAUACGUCGCGUCUAAUCUGAGGCAACAUUCGUUUUAAACCAAAAUUCUGCUUGUGCAUUAAUUUUUAGAGGCCACAAAAUUAUGAUUUCAACCUUCGUUUGACAGUUAAUAAAAGCAGCUGCAGUGUGAUUGAAAGCGAAAACAGGUUAAUCAAAUUAUUUGUUCAUUUUUAGGCAAUUCAUUGUGUUUAGAUAAAU